AUGGCUUCAUCUCCGCCCAAUGCAGAUGGGAAACCAAAGAUCACCCUUCACUGGCUCGAAGUCUCGCGCUCGCAUCGAAUCCUGUGGCUGUUUGAAGAGCUUCAAGUUCCAUACGAACUCAAAACAUACAAGAGAACCAAGGAGGGUCUGGCUCCCCCAGAGCUGCAGCAAGUACAUCCCCUCGGCAAGUCCCCAGUUGUCGAGAUCGAAGUGCCAGGCUUAGACAAACCUAUCGUACUUGCUGAGUCUGCGGCGAUCGCUGAAUACUUUUACGACUACUACGGGAGUCAAUUUAUUCCCAAUCGGUACCGCGAUGGCAAAGAUGGGCAAAUCGGAGGCGAGACCGAAUCUUGGUUGAGGUAUCGGAUGCUCAUGCACUACGCCGAGGGCAGUAUCAUGCCACUGAUGUUGAUGUCCCUGCUAGUCAAUAGAGUUCGGAAUUCACCCGUUCCAUUCUUCAUCAAGCCCAUUACAAACGGCGUGGCAAGCAAGAUUGAAUCGUCGUUCCUGCAGCGAAACUUCAAGACCCAUUACGAUUUUUUGGAGGGCCAGUUGGCGACCGUCCCUGACGGAGGGAACUUUCUCUGCGGAAAGGACCUCACCGCAGCAGACAUCAUGUUGUCAUUUCCCCUGGAAGCUGGUCAAAGCCGUUCAGGAUUCUCCAAGGAACAAUAUCCGAAGAUUUGGGCCUACAUUGAUCGACUUCAUGAGCGAGAGGCAUAUAAGCGCUCAGUCCAAAAGAUUGUCGAGCUCGAGGGCGACUUCAAAACGUCCUUGUGA